CGCCUCCCGGACCGCGAAGGGCGGAGCGGCAACAUGGCGGCGUCGGGAGCUGAUGGGCCGGUGGACGUCAAGAGUGGAAAGGCCCCCGUGGCUCAGCGCAUCGACCCGAGUCGGGAGAAGCUGACUCCCCAGCAACUGCAUUUUAUGCGACAGGCGCAGCUCGCUCAGUGGCAGAGGACGCUGCCACAACGGCGGACCCGGAACAUCGUGACCGGCCUGGGCAUAGGAGCCCUGGUGUUAGCCAUUUAUGGUUACACCUUCUACUCAGUGUCCCAGGAGCGCUUCCUUGAUGAGCUGGAGGAUGAGGCCAAAGCAGCUCGAGCCCGAGCUAUGGCAAGGGCAUCAGGAUCCUAAUCCAGUAGGGCACUUGCCUCCAUCUGCAACCUGCUGGAACCUCCUUCCCCAUGACCCUGUGGAAUCCGAAGUCUGGCGUCACUACCUGUGGAUGAUUUAGCCCAAGGAUCCGGAGAAUGAUCCCAGAGGCCCCUCUUCAAGGAAGCACUGCCCAUUUCACCUCGUGUUGGUACUGGUUUUAUGUGGCAACUUUGACUUUUCCCAAGUGUUCUGACUUGGCUUCCGCCCUUCCCCUUCUAGGGUUUGGACAUUUGAGGGUGGGGGUGACAGCCGUGUGCAGGAUUGGAGCCUCAAGUGGGAAAGCUGGGAUCUGGUUGAGGAAAUAAAUGGAGUCAUCUCUCUUGGG